UCAACUCUCUCUGUACAGGUGGCCAGAGCCACACAGCCAGCAGUUAAGUCAGGUCUGCCCUGUCAGAGCACAAGGCACGCCAGAAGGAAGUGGUAACGGGACAGAGAGGAAGGCGCUGAGCGGACUAAAAGGAUGGGAAACUCUCUGCUGAGGGAGAACAGUUUUAGGUGGCAGCAAGACCCUCAAGAGAUGCCUCGGGAUCUGAGACUUCAAACCCCCAAGCAGAGAACAUCCAGGUGCUUGGAUUGCCACAUCGCUGACGGGUGUUUCUGCCUACCAUGGAAAAAAAUACGCAUUUUUAAAGAAAGACAAGAUUCCAAGAAGGAAAGCAAAGGAAUGUCAUCUGCCCCCAUCCAGGACAGCUCGGACCAGACCUACAUAGAGGAGCUAUGCUACACCCUCAUCAAUCACAGUGUCCUUCCAAGACGGCCAUCUGGGAACUCUGCUGAGGGCUACUAUGAGAAUGUUUCCUGCAAGGCCGAGAGUCCCAGAGAGUCCUCCAGAGGAACUGAGACUGAGUAUUCACUUCUCCAUGUGCAGUCCACCCCGAGACACCCACCUUCCCCAGAAGAUGUGUAUGAACUUCUCAUGCCUCCCAGCAUCUCCUCUCACUCUCUGCAGCAGCCACGUCUGCCUGUGGCCCCUCCUGAGAGUCGGUUUUCUCAUUUAUAAUGCAGAGGUUAGAAGAGCAUUUGUUUAACAUCAGCAAAUAAAAGCUGGCCGUGAGGGGCACUCUGGCUGAAACAAAUGUGGGGUGCAAGGAUCCCGCAGCUCACCUCCUACAACCACCCCUUACCCACAGAGCAUGGUUUGCAAACCACAGGACUUCUCAGAUCCUGUUCAAAAGCCAACAUCCAAAGAUCAAUCAGUUACCCUAAAGACCACGAUUUGAGAAAGGAGUGAUCAUCUUUGGUUCUAAGUGGUUCUGGGUAGGAGGUGAGAGGGGCUCCCUGGUUCUCCUACAGCUGUGCAUACCACAAAGGGUUGUGCUUUUCUGCAGGGAUCUUCUUCUAAAGUGUCUCCAUGAUUUUUCUCUUAAGUCCCAAGGAAGCUUUACUAUUUAUGUCAUUAUACUGUUAUUGUAUUCAGCAGGGAGUUCACUCACCAUAGCAACCUUCCACUCAGCCCCACUCCCAGUGGAAGCCUAUUGACCCUCCUCUCAGUCCGCAUGUCUGGGCCAUGUCCUCCACACAGUGUCCUUCAACUUGUGGGCCCAUGUGGCCUCAUUGGUUAUGUGAGUUGAAUCAGGAGUUCCAGGCCAGAUUUUUAUAUAAUUUUAACCUAUAAGAUUUUGUUUUUAACUUUGUAUUUCUCCCUUGAAGUCUUAAUAAGACAAUCACAGCUUCAGAGAAAGAUAGAGUAGAAAGACCCUGGGAGAUUACUUAAUCCCAAUACCCUUUUUCUGGCUCAAAGAGGAUAAUUUGCCCAAUGAUACAUUAAAGUUAGUGGCAAAACUUCAUUAAGAGCCUCAUUUUCUCCAAGCUUCCAAUCAGUGUUCCUACAAUAUACUACAUAGAAGACCCUCUACCAUAUUGUAAAUGUAUAUAUUCAGCAAUGUAUUGUAUGAAAUAUGAAUAAAAUGUCCACACUCAAACAUUCUCCAAUGAACCCUACUGGAUGACCUGGUUAUUUACUUGGCCUCACCUUUUUAAUGUUCCUAGAAUUAUGUCCAUUCUCUAAACUAGGGUUCAGCAAACUAUGGCAUAGAGGGAAAAUCUGGCCCACCACAUGUUUUUGUAAAUAAAGUUAUUUUGGAACAUAGCCACACUCAUCUGUUUACACACCAUCCAUGGUUGCUCAACCAUGGGAGAAUUGAGUCAUUGUGAUAUAGACCACAGGUUCCACAAAGCCAAAAAGCCAAAAAUAUUUCUACAUGGGCCCUUUCUGGAAAAAGGUUUGCAGACUGCUGUAAGUGACCAUAGUCUGAGACAAACUCAAUGGAAAUUUACUUGGUUAUUGAGGUAUAAAAACAGGUACUAAUGUAAAAAAUAAUAAGCUGCAAAUUGGAUGAGUGAGAGCAAGACUGUUUCGCAAAUUCAUCUAUUUCUAUAUUCACACCUGUGUUCUCGACUUGCUGUUUUACUUAACUCACAGCCACUGGCCUAGGUUUAGGGAUGUUAAAAUUGUAAGGGCUUUGUUGAGACAAGCAGUAGUUUACUGUCUUGUUCUCAAAGAUAACCAAAACCAAGUAACUUUGCCAUUGAAAAUGUGCUAAGUGCCAAAUGAGGAUAAAUCCAGUCACUUUACCUUGAGUGUGUCACAGGUUUGCUCGGACUUCAGCCAGUCAAUGGUCUUCAGUUAGAGAGCCAAACCCACCUUGCUAUCUUAUCCUCUGCCACUUUCCACUUCUUUCAGCAAAAAUUUUUUCCAUGGACCCCUAACUUUGAUCGUUGGCCAGGAUUCACAAAGGUUCAAAAGGAAGCAUAGCAGUGACUACAGUGCAAGACUUCACUGGGCUUAGGGGAGACAGUGUGGGCCCCAGAGACAGAAUCAGCCAUUCAAGUCCCAGUUCUAUCUCUUCUUCCCUCUGGGACUGUGAACAUGUUAUUUACUCAGCUUUUUUAUUCCAUAAACAGGAGGAUUACAUCUAAUGUAUGCAAAAAAUCUAUCACAGACCCUGAAUAGUCGAUAUUAAAGAGGAGAGAGAAACAAAAAUCUUCUAUGAUGUAUGGAGGAAAACAUGCUUAUCCAUUUAGUGAGCCAAGGUCACCCAGCAGUCCUAUACUGAGGCAGAAACGCCCAAUCAAUGGGUUUACGGUGGACUUAUUUCAUAGGGAUACUGGACCAUUGCACAGGUUGAUUGGUUGGCAUAUUCUUGAUGCAAUAAACUAUAUUUGUUUGAACCUUAUUCUGUGAAAGUAUUACCUAUUCCAAACAGUAUAUAACUUCCAUCCGGAACAUAUUAAGCAUAAAUAUUUAACCAAAGAAAG